AUGGACACGCCCCGACGGUCCAUGGAUUUUAAGGUGGCACCCUUCCGGGCCUCCUCGCCGUCACCAUCUAUUCCAGCAACAGCAGCUAUCUCCUCGUAUUCCUCUCCAGGCCGCACAUUUUCCUCCGGGUCCUCCCGCUCCACCUCCUCCAGCACCUCCGCUGAUGCCAGAUCAUCCGUGUCAGUAACAUCCUCUCGCCAUGGAUAUACCCGUGCAUUUGGUGCCGAGUUCGCAGAAUCAGCCCGCCACCGCGAUAGUGUCAUGAGUCUUGGCAGUAUCGCCCACCUACAAUACUACUUUGCCCGAACGGGCUUACUGGAUGGAAAGACCGGGAGAAGCCGCGAGUGGAAAAAGGACAUGAAGAACAAGAAUAACGUGCCCCAAGUCCUAAUCACCCCCAAUCAACGACACGUGGAUGAGGCCCUGGUGGAGGGUGAAUGCGAGGACGAGGACCCAGAGGUAAUGCUGCCGCCUACAGUCAGCACCUACAGCGUCAAAACGCACCACAUCCCCCCUCCGCCAGAUCUGAUGUUCUUGCGCCGACAACUUACAGCCGCGCUGGACAAGGCGGAGACUAAUAUCGAGGCAAUUAAAAAUGGCGCAGAGCCUCCUCCUCGCCCCAUCAUCCGGGCUAGUCUUUCUCCGGAUGAUGUCCCCGAGACAACCGACGACCUUCAAACCCGGCAGGUGGUGGUCCCGAUGAAUAAGGAGGAAGCGCAAGGCAUGUGCAUCCUGGAUGAUGUUACCAAUGCAAUCCGCGCAGCCAAGAUCUACUACACCACCCACGAGAACCCAGAGCGCUUAGCAUCAAUAAAGAGUGAACGGGAGAUCCGCUCGGAACUGUUAGAUGUUCUGGAAGUUCUGAAACGAUGGGCUGCACGGCAUUUUGCCAGCGGUCUACGAGAUGAGGAACGUGGACGGAUUCAGGGGUGGUUCGUGUCUGCGCGAGCCAUGAUAGCCCGCGAGAAAGAGCUAGAAGACCUUGAAGCCCAAGAGCGGCAGAACUGGGACUGGGCUACCGGUGAUUGGAGAGGCCGAGAGCGCUUACGCGAGGAGUCCUUCCUGCGCAGUUUGUUGCCUGGUGGUGACUCCUUGCCGACUUGGGAACCGGUUGAGGAGGCUGCCAGUGACUCCCUUCCCACGGCGUUUCUUGAUCGGUUCCGGGACGGACGUGCCCUGGUUCAGUUACACAACCUUGCGAUCAAGAGGUCAAAACGCCCAUUCGGUGAGAUCACGGCUUACCACCUCGACAUUGCCAAGCCAUAUCGGCAGACUGAGAAUCUUCAGUUCUGGUUAAAAGCUGCCCAACUCCGAUGGGAACUCCGGCUGGAUGUUGAUGUUACGGGGGUUGUACAAAAUAGUGGCCCUCCAGCUUGGGAGAAAUUCGAUACUGCACUGCUGGCUUGGUGCAAAACCGUUCGGGAAGAGCUGGUGCGCGAUUGGCAGGCGGCUAACCCUGGGCGACCGCCGAGUGCUGGCUUGAUUUGA